AGGAGAGGGUGAUGUCACCUGCGAGUUGGUAACCUACGAGCGUCUGUGAAGGAAACUGUUUAACCGGAUCCCAUUGUACCCAGAGCGCAGAGCCGCCUUUCCAACAUGCAGGGGCUGUUCAGGAUUUUUCUGCUGUAGAAGCCUUCACACUGUAAAAAGCACUCAAUGGAUUCAGAGAGGCAACCUGUCUGACCUUCCAGGCCUCAGGACCAGCUCCUUGUGAGUGUCUGUGAAUGAUUUUUAAGCAGUAAGGAUUUGCCAAGCAUGUGAUGCUGAAGAGAAUUUAAUACCCUCCUCCACUACCACCACCACCAUCACCAGCCACUUCAGAAACCUUAGUUUAGUCACUCCAAGAAUUAGAAAAGAAUUCAGCCAUGGCCCCAAGGAAGAGAGGUGGACGGGGGAUUUCAUUCAUCUUUUGCUGUUUCCGAAAUAAUGAUCACCCAGAAAUCACCUAUCGGCUGCGAAACGACAGCAGCUUUGCACUUCAGACCAUGGAGCCAGCGUUACCCAUGCCCCCUGUGGAGGAGCUGGAUGUCAUGUUCAGUGAACUUGUGGAUGAACUUGACCUCACAGACAAACACAGGGAAGCCAUGUUUGCACUUCCAGCUGAGAAAAAAUGGCAAAUAUACUGUAGCAAGAAAAAGGACCAAGAAGAAAACAAGGGAGCAACAAGUUGGCCUGAAUUCUACAUUGAUCAGCUCAAUUCCAUGGCUGCUAGAAAAUCUCUGUUGGCGUUAGAGAAGGAAGAGGAAGAAGAGAGAAGUAAAACUAUAGAGAGUUUGAAGACAGCACUGAGGACAAAGCCAAUGAGAUUUGUAACCAGAUUCAUCGACUUGGAUGGCCUGUCAUGUAUUCUCAACUUUCUAAAGACCAUGGACUAUGAGACCUCAGAGUCUCGAAUACAUACCUCUCUCAUUGGGUGUAUAAAGGCGCUGAUGAACAACUCUCAAGGCCGGGCUCACGUCCUGGCUCAUUCUGAGAGUAUUAAUGUAAUUGCUCAGAGUCUGAGCACAGAGAACAUUAAAACCAAGGUGGCUGUGCUGGAAAUCUUGGGCGCCGUGUGCCUGGUUCCUGGGGGCCACAGGAAGGUCCUGCAGGCCAUGCUGCACUACCAGAAGUAUGCCAGUGAAAGGACCCGCUUUCAGACAUUAAUUAAUGACUUGGAUAAAAGCACAGGGCGGUAUCGAGAUGAAGUGAGUCUCAAGACAGCCAUCAUGUCCUUUAUCAAUGCAGUGCUAAGCCAAGGAGCAGGAGUGGAAAGUUUGGACUUUAGACUCCAUCUUCGUUACGAAUUUCUGAUGUUAGGAAUUCAACCCGUAAUAGAUAAAUUAAGGGAACAUGAAAAUUCAACAUUAGAUAGGCAUUUAGAUUUUUUUGAAAUGCUCCGAAAUGAAGACGAACUAGAAUUUGCCAAAAGGUUUGAACUGGUUCACAUAGACACAAAAAGUGCAACUCAGAUGUUUGAACUGACCAGGAAGAGGCUGACCCAUAGUGAAGCUUACCCUCACUUUAUGUCCAUCCUGCACCACUGCCUCCAGAUGCCUUACAAGAGAAGUGGCAACACUGUUCAGUACUGGCUACUACUAGAUAGAAUUAUACAGCAAAUAGUUAUCCAAAAUGACAAAGGACAGGACCCUGACUCCACACCUUUGGAAAACUUUAAUAUUAAGAACGUCGUGCGAAUGUUGGUUAAUGAAAAUGAAGUUAAGCAGUGGAAAGAACAAGCAGAAAAAAUGAGAAAAGAGCACAACGAGUUACAGCAGAAACUGGAGAAGAAAGAGCGAGAAUGUGAUGCCAAGACCCAAGAGAAGGAAGAGAUGAUGCAGACCUUAAACAAAAUGAAAGAGAAGCUCGAAAAGGAGACGACUGAGCAUAAGCAAGUCAAGCAGCAGGUGGCAGACCUUACAGCGCAGCUCCACGAGCUCAGCAGGAGGGCCGUCUGUGCUUCAGUCCCAGGUGGACCCUCGCCUGGAGCCCCAGGGGGGCCCUUCCCUUCCUCUGCACCAGGGUCUUUCCUUCCUCCCCCACCGCCCCCGCCUCUCCCAGGUGGUUUGCUUCCUCCUCCACCCCCUCCCCUCCCUCCAGGUGGCCCUCCCCCUCCACCAGGGCCUCCUCCCUUAGGGGGUGUCAUGCCACCUCCUGGUGCUCCCCUGGGUCUGGCACUGAAGAAGAAAAACAUUCCUCAGCCCACAAAUGCCCUGAAAUCCUUCAACUGGUCUAAGCUGCCUGAGAACAAACUGGAAGGAACAAUAUGGACUGAAAUUGAUGAUACGAAAGUCUUCAAAAUUUUAGAUCUUGAAGACCUGGAAAGAACUUUCUCUGCCUACCAAAGACAGCAGGAUUUCUUUGUGAACAGUAACUCCAAGCAGAAAGAAGCAGAUGCCAUGGAUGAUACACUGAGCUCCAAACUUAAAGUCAAAGAGCUUUCAGUGAUUGAUGGUCGGAGAGCUCAGAAUUGCAACAUCCUUCUUUCAAGGUUGAAAUUAUCUAAUGAUGAAAUUAAACGGGCAAUUCUAACAAUGGAUGAGCAGGAAGAUCUGCCCAAGGACAUGUUGGAACAGCUCUUGAAAUUUGUUCCUGAAAAAAGUGACAUUGACCUACUGGAGGAACAUAAACAUGAACUGGAUCGGAUGGCCAAGGCUGAUAGAUUCCUUUUUGAGAUGAGCCGAAUUAAUCAUUAUCAGCAAAGACUGCAAGCGCUGUACUUCAAAAAGAAGUUUGCAGAGCGUGUGGCAGAAGUGAAACCUAAAGUGGAAGCAAUCCGUUUUGGCUCAGAAGAGGUAUUGAGGAGCAGUGCCCUGAAGCAAUUGCUAGAAGUGGUCUUGGCAUUUGGAAAUUACAUGAAUAAAGGCCAAAGAGGCAAUGCUUACGGAUUCAAGAUAUCUAGCCUGAACAAGAUUGCUGAUACCAAGUCCAGCAUUGACAAGAACAUCACGCUACUGCACUAUCUCAUAACUAUUGUGGAAAGUAAAUACCCCAAGGUUCUCAAUCUAAAUGAGGAACUGCGGGACAUUCCUCAAGCAGCAAAAGUAAACAUGACUGAGCUGGACAAAGAAAUCAGCACCUUGAGAAGUGGUCUAAAGGCAGUAGAAAUGGAGCUGGAGUAUCAGAAGUCUCAGCCCCCACAGCUCGGGGAUAAGUUUGUGUCCGUUGUCAGCCAGUUCAUCACAGUGGCCAGCUUCAGUUUCUCUGAUGUUGAAGAUCUUCUAGCAGAAGCUAAAGACCUGUUUACUAAAGCAGUGAAACACUUUGGGGAAGAAGCUGGUAAAAUACAGCCAGACGAGUUCUUUGGCAUUUUCGAUCAGUUUCUUCAGGCCUUGUCCGAAGCCAAACAAGAGAAUGAAAACCUGAGAAAGAAGAAGGAGGAGGAAGAGCGCCGGGUUCGCCUGGAAGCCCAGCUCAAAGAACAACGUGAAAGGGAACGUAAAAUGAGGAAAGCGAAAGAGAAUAGUGAAGAAAGUGGAGAGUUUGAUGACCUGGUUUCGGCUUUACGUUCAGGAGAAGUGUUUGACAAAGACCUUUCGAAACUGAAACGGAAUCGCAAGCGCAUUACAAACCAGGUGACGGACAGUAGCCGCGAGAGACCAGUCACAAAACUUAAUUUCUAAUUUUCCCUGAAUACUUUUUUUAGAAAGCUCAUUAGCAGCCCCUUUGAAGUGACUAGAACUUUUCAUUACACUGCCUUGCAGUCCAAACAGUGGCAAUUUCUUCUUUCAUCUGUGAGUGAAUGUGUGUAUGUAAAUGUAUGUGUAUAUAUAUUAAAAAAUGUAUAUAGAAGUCUGAGUGUUGUCUGGGGACCUAUACGUAUGGUUUAAAAAGCUCAUUAAUGUAUGUGCUCAGAAACCCUUUGUGUAUGCAUUCAUAUUGAGUGUGGCUCAUUUUCUUCCCCGAACACCACAGCUGUUUAGAAAGCACAAUACUAUCUCCUGAAAGAGAUGACAGAGACAGCAGUCCCUAGAGUAAAAAGAAUAACAAUAGCAAAAAAAAAAAAGAGAGAGAAAUAUUUCAUGGUUUCCCAGCUUGGUAUACUUUGAAAUUAUUUUCACUGGUGAAAUUGGUGUUGGAAAAGUGUAGAGUUAAAAUGGUUUUUGAUAGUUGACAAGGUGAUGCUGAAGCAUUGCAUCAGUAACUGAUAAGACCAGCUUAGAAUUUCUGUCAUUGCUGUGGGGAUGCAGUCCAUAAAUGUUUAUUGAGAACAUCUUGCACACAAUCUGAAUUAGGUAGAAUGUCAAUCAGAAUUUUUUUAUAUAUUUAAAACUUGGACAUCAGGUUUUCUUAUCCUAAUUUCAUUGAGUUCUCUGCCAAACACUCUUGAUGAUUUCUUUACAUUGCUUUUGGGAAUAAUACUAUUUCUCUAAAUUCAGUCCAUGCUCUUGUUAGAGAACAUCACAGAAUGCUUGUUGUCCUAACAAUGUAGAUACAUAAAUUUUAAAAAUAAAAUUUGCCACCCAAGACCUGAAAGGAGUAAUUGUCUGAAAGGAUAAAGAUUACUUUAAAAAAAAAAUUUUAUGUGGUACCUUUUUUUUUUUUUUGUACUUUCUGUUUUGGAAGACAAGCUGCAUCUUCUGUGAAUAUGGGUCUAGACUAUAGAACCCUUAGUGAAUGCACAAAAUGUCAACAACACCAACAGAGAUGCCAAGAGCUAUUUAUCUCUAUGUUUGAAGUGGUUUGCUGUUUAUAUGUUAUCAUUUUAAAUUGUGUGUCAGUAAAGCUACCUGUAAAAUUUCAGUCCAAAAGAUAAAGCUCUCAGGGAAAAAUGAAUAAAAACAAUGAACAUUUGAAAAUAAAAUAUAGAUGCUUACGAUUAACCUACCAACUCUUAAUAUGCUUAAAUUAUAUACGAAGAGGACUGUUACUUUUUUUUUUUUGCUUUGCUUUAUUUAUUUGUAGUGGGGUGGGGGGCGCUAAGGUUCUCUUUCCUUUUCAUUGAUCCUGUUGUGCUCGGGUUUCCUGUGGAGAGACUCAUUUGUCCUGUUGCACUGUAACAUCACUUACUCACUAAAUUGAGUUUUUCAGUGAAUUAAUAAAUAUUUAUUAAACACCUACUAUGUGCCAGGCAUAGUGGGGCUACAAUGAUAAACAAGACAGAGUCCCUGUCCCUAAGGCGCUUACUUUCUAAAGGGGAUUUUAAGGGGUGAAUAGAAUACCAAUGUAUUUGCUGUACAGGAAUCAUGCUAUUUAAAAAUCAUUUGUACAAACUACAAUGUUCAGUGCAGAUGCCGAGGUCUCUGCGCUUUGUGAAAGCUGUGAAAUAAUGCUCUAAGAGUUGUCAAGAGCUAUGGUUUUACAUGUUUUUCCCUCACUGCAAACUUAGUGACUUUCUAUACAUUAUAUGGAAGUAAAUGACUCUAGCAAAUAAAAUAGUCAUAAAUGCACAGCAGAGGUUGUGCUGCCCCCACCUCCUCGUUACCAGGGUCUAUGAAGACACCACAAUAAAGGUGCGGAUGGAGACUAUGUUCCACAGGCUUGGAGGUGAGGAGUGGGAUGUGAUGCUGGAUUUCUCUAUUCCUUAACUAAAGUGCCUCUAUAUUCUUUUCUAUUUAUAGCAAGAGAAAUUUGGUCUGGCUCAGUUUUAGAACUGUAUUUUGAAAGUGGCUUUGUUUUACAGUUUAAGGAAUGGACAAGUGGAUGGAGAGUCACAUAAAGGUGCAGGUUUGUGUAGCAUUUCCCUCUUGCCCUUUUGAAUCAUCCUCAUUUUGAUACGGCCAUUCUGGUAGGCCUUCUUUACCAUUCCCAUUUUCCGUUUCUUUCCCCAGAAGCUGUGUGCAGGUAAUUCCAUGUGCCAUUGUUUAAAAAAAAAAAUCUACUUUUUAGAUUGGUGCUGGUGUAAGUAGCCAUUUUCUCUCUUGAGUGUGUAUUUUAAAGUUUUUUGUUUGUUGUUUUCUUUUUUAAAUUAAUGCCAAAAAGGAAAAGCAUUGUAAUUUGUAAAUUUACUUAUAUGUCUUGUAUCUUAUUAGCUUUGUAGUUGGAACCACUUCGUGUUUAGGUGCAAGACUGUUGUUACAGUACCAAGAAAAAUGUUGUAUGUGUUAUGAGACUGUACAUUUUUUAAUAGCAAUAUGCAAUAAAGAGAUGAAUUCA